UAGCACAACGGCCAUCCGCGCACGGCCAGUCCCGUCAUGAACUAUAUCAGCAGGACCUUUCCCCGACAGCGCUUGUGUGGGGACGAAAGUUCACAUCACAACAGUAUUGCACCCACCAUCGUGGCCGGUUCCACGCCGAGCCAUCAUGGCGGCCGAUUUCACAUGGCAAACGGAAAACAACCCGUACGCUGACGGACGACGAGGACAACCAGGUACCUACCGUUCGCAGCAGAACACCCGGCGCACCGCGGAUAAGUCACGCAAUCAGGAUAGCUCCUCUCGCCGCGAAUCCAGGGAUGAACCUGUGCGAAGAGAUUCGCGAGAUGUGAAGGGCCCAUGGGACGUUCGCAAUGAUCUUGCCCACGGAGCACAAGAGAGCUCGCCUCAGCAAGACAGAGCCAGCGUGGUCAAGGCACCCGGCUUUCUCUCUCGAUCACGCAGUGCUGCCCCAUCCCGUCUCGUUACAGCUGCCAAAUCCGAACUCGAUAUGCUCAGCAGCGAGCCGCCGACGACUGAGAAUCCCGGGUACCAAGACCUGUUCAACACCUUUUGGGCUUGGAGUGACACAUUAGUUCACCGUGUGUCAGUCAAGUCGCAAUUUUCAAGAUGGAACGCAGAGGCUGGGCCACGCCGGGCCUUCAAUACAAAGCUGGAAAAGGCAGACGAAGGCACUUCCAUGGCUCUGCUGCGUCGGACAGAACUGCGACAGCAGGAAAAGGAUGAGAAGCUGUUAAAGACCAAGACCUCAGAGACCGACAAGAACCAUCAAAAGGGAUUGGAAGUGCUCAUUUCGAAGUUCAUUGCACUCACAAAACCCCCGCCUAUAACUGCCGAGGUCUCGGAGAGACAUUGUGGCACAAAUCAAGCUCUCGAGCGUAAACUCGACCUCCUGCAAAGCCGCAUCAAACAGCAGGAGGCAGCGUUUGCAGCUGGAGAGCAUAAACUUGAGCAGGAGAGGAAUGUUGGCGCAUGGCAAAAAGAGAUGCAGGACCAACAUAAUGCAACUUUGAAGGCUGUAGAGACGCUGCGGUUGGAGAACGAGAAUCUCAAGAAACAGCUCACGACGCAGAUGCGCGAAGUCUCCGAAAAGUCUGAAAAGAUGUCUGAUAAGACCUCUACUGAGUGCGAUGGCUUUAGGAAGGACCUCAAGAGGAUCGACGAUGACAGCAAAGCGCGAUGCAAGACCAUGGAGGCUUUAUGUCAACAGACUGUCGAGAGAUUAUCUCAGUCUUCGGCCCAAGUAACGUCUAAGAUUACGAGCAUGGAGGCAGCACUGAACAAGCAGGCGCGGGAGUACGACAACCUGGGCAUACAGAUACAGCAGGUCCGAGACUCAUGCGCCAGUUUAACCAGCACAAUCAAAUCAUUAGAGGCCGAGAUGGAGAAUACCACAGAGAAGGUCGACUCACUUGACCUGGAGAGCUUGGACAAAAUGGUCAACACGUGGGUUGACAACAAGAUCCCGGGACGGGUCAAGGGUCAUGAGGCAGAGAUCAACAACAUGCGCAAGGAACUCUCUGCGCUCAAGGAUCAUCUCUCGGUCAGACACGUCUCGGCUGCCACACAUUUACCGAACCAAUCAGCCUCAGUCUCGCCAGAUUACCUCGAUACGAAGUUGGCAGAGUUGUACGGCAAGGUGCAGACGACGGUGGCGGAGACGAGUGAUUGGCUCGGCGAUGAGCUUGAUGGUCUGAGAAAUGACUUUCAGAAGCUCAGGGACGAGAAGCUGGCGGAACGCAUCGCCGCCCUAGAGGCUGGAGGUCUCGAGAAGAGCUCCGAUUCUGCUGCAACAUUGGCGCUUGCAUCGCGUUUACAAGAUCUGGAAGGACAAGACCUGCCAGGCAAAGUGGACUCGCUGCAGACCCUCUGCAUGGCUCGCUUGGGGGAGGUCGAAAAGUCUGUCAAGGACUGGAAUACACAAGUGCAGGAACGCGCCAGUCAGGUUCUGCGCCAGGACUUCCAGGCUGUCAAGGAUAAGCUUGAAGGUGUCACGAUGCAGGCAAACCACCUCGAUACUCAAUUCCAGAAUGUGACGACCAAGGAGAUGGCUCGAAUGAUCCUUGGUGAGCUCAACCAGGUCACCAAUAAGUCCGACAGCCCGGGACGCAAGGCCAUCGAGGCUGUGGAGAAGCUCAGCAGUAGGAUGGAUACCAUUUGGGCAGACCUUACACAAGUCAAGCACGACCACAACCAUAUGCAAGACGAGUUCACGAAACUGAGCAACUUCGUUGACGUAGUCGUCCGCAGUGGGCAGCGCACAGGCGACAAGAGGUCCGCCGAGGCACAAGCGAAUGGAGCCGACAGCCCUGUCGAUCCGAAACGCCCAAGGCUUAGCAGCAAUGUACCGCCAAGUGCGCAGUGACGGACUACGCCGUUUUGUGUAUGUCGGGCAGUGCUUGUUCUGAUAGAGCACUAUUCUCAUCAUACACAGCCGUAAGUCCAGCACAAGCAUGAUUGUCUACGCACUAUAGUACAGAAGGACUGAACUUGUCCAUUGAAUGAGCGCGUCUCCUAUGUAUCAUGCCACCAGGAGGUGAGGCCGAGGGCGUCGAGUCCAACUUAUUGAUCUAACCUGUCUACGCGCGCGGGUACACAGUCCCUUCCGAGCCAGCCAUUACGCUGUCGCGGUAGACUCACUUUCAUUCGUGCAUG